UUGAUAUGCGUUGUCACACGGACUGUGAAGAUUGUGUCAAGUGAGGUUGUGUGUGUGUGUGUGUGUGUGUGUGUCAGUGUGUGUGUGUGUCAGUCUUAAGUCACUGGUGGAGGAUUCCCUACAUGGAAACUUAAGAGUCCACACCCACACGACGAGUUAAAUACACGCAAACACCAACUUAGCCCGCACACAGAGAAACGUCCCCACUACAGUCAGGAAGACACAGAAAACACCUCCGAACACACACUAUGAGCUACCCAGGAUACCCUCCACAGGCCAGUGGUUACCCUCCUCAGGCUGGAGGUUACCCACCUCAGCCCGGUCUUUACCCACCUCAGCCUGGAGCCUAUCCUCCCCAAGCCGGAGGCUUAGGCUAUCCAGGCCAGCCUGGCGGCUACCCUCCUCAGGCUGGCGGCUACCCUCCCCAGGCUGGAGGUUACCCACCUCAGGCUGGAGGUUACCCACCACAGGCUGGAGGAUACCCACAGGCACCACCACCAGGAAGCUGGGGUGGUGGACCUACAGGUGGUUAUCCCUCCAUCGGUCUUGGAAACUCCGGAUACAACCCUGGUAUGGCCACCCAUGUCCCCGGGGGGUAUCCACCUACCUCAGCGUACGGCGGGUACGGUGCCCCCUCCCCUAACCAACAGUCAUAUGGCCUGUACCCACAGCCAGGAGGCGCCAUGCCCCAACCUGAAGGCCCCGGGAUGGGUUACCCAGGUCAGCCUGGCCAGCCGAUGGCGGGGUAUCCCGGUGCACCGUCGCCUAAUGCUCCCAUGGCCGGGUACGGAGGAGCACCAGCACCGAUGCCAGGGUACCCCAAGGCUCCGUCACCCAAUCCGUCCAUGCCGGCCUACGGAGGAGGAGGAGCCAUGCCCAUAGUUCCACCUAUGAAUAGAGGAUUCAGAGGAACCAUCAAGGACUUUCCUGGAGCUGAUCCUCUCAAAGACGUGGAGGUCCUGAGAAAAGCCAUGAAGGGCUUCGGAACCGAUGAACAGGCCAUCAUCGACUUACUGGGCAGUCGCUCCAACAAGCAGCGCGUCCCUUUGCUGCGGUCGUACAAAACGUCCUAUGGAAAGGAUCUGGUCAAGGACCUGCAUUCAGAACUGUCUGGAGACUUCAGGAAGCUGGUCAUGGCCAUGCUGAAGACUCCAGCAGAGUUUGACGCCUACGAGCUCAACAGCGCCAUCAAGGGAGCAGGAACCGAUGAAGCCUGUCUGAUAGAGAUCCUGUCGUCUCGCUCCAAUGCUGAAAUCAAGGAGAUAAACCGCAUUUACAAACAAGAAUAUAAGAAGUCGCUGGAGGACGCCAUUAGUGGAGACACAUCAGGACACUUCCGCAGGCUCCUCAUCUCUCUUGCCCAGGGAAAUCGCGAUGAACGGCCGAAUGUGGACGUCUCUCUGGCCAAACAGGACGCUCAGGCUCUGUACGCUGCUGGAGAGAACAAGCUGGGAACAGACGAGUCCAAAUUCAACGCUAUUCUGUGCGCCAGAAGCAAACCUCAUCUGAGAGCAGUGUUCAUGGAGUACCAGCAGAUGUGCGGCAGAGACAUCGAGAAGAGCAUCGUUAGAGAGAUGUCUGGAGAUCUGGAGAGUGGCAUGGUGGCAGUGGUGAAGUGUAUUAAAAACACACCUGGCUACUUUGCUGAGAGGCUCUACAAGUCCAUGAAGGGAGCCGGGACUAAGGACAGAACCCUGAUCCGGAUCAUGGUCACCCGCUCUGAGGUUGACCUGCUGGACAUCCGCCAGGAGUAUGUGAGGAACUACGGGAAGUCGCUUUACACACACAUUUCUGGCGACACGUCAGGCGAUUACAAGAAGCUCCUACUGAAGCUGUGCGGAGGCAGUGACUGAGUUUACUCCACUUAUAAAAAUCACUUCAAUGCAUAUAAUCUACACACACACACACACACACACACACACCUGCAUGCCAAGCCAGUGCUCUCGAUGCUACGUUUACGUGGUUGUUCGUAUCAUACGUAUGUAUUUUUUGCUGCACGCUAUUUGUUUUUCUAUAUACAGCAGAAAGAAAAGUUUAUAUUUUUUUGGGCUUUGCAACCAAAUUUGACUAUCAUUGAAUUUAAAGAUACAUAUAUACAUAUAUAUAUAUAUUUAUAUAUAACGUGAGGUUUCAUUUGUGGCCAUAAGAUCAGAUAUGUGAUAUCUGGAAUGUUUAUCAGCCUGUUUUCUAAUGAAAAGUAAAAUAACUAAAACAUAUGAAACUCGUAGCUCGUAGUAGCUUAGCACUAAAGUUUGCAUUUUGUUAAUGAACUACAUUUGACUAUAAACAGUAUAUAAAUGUCAUAUUUUGCAUUACAAUCUCUUGUUUAUCUCAGUUUGUGCCAUGUUUACUACUAUGUUCCGUUUUUCUCGGAGGUCGGGGGUUCUGUAGGUAGUUUUAGCAUUAUAGCUAGGUUGCUAACUAGCAAGCUAAUGCCGUUUUUCCCAUUUAUAUUGGAACUUGGAAGACGGAGCUAUGAUGUCACAGCUGAAUUAAGUGUGUUCCACUUCUGCUGUUAGUGUUAGCAUUAUAGCUAGCUAAUGCUGCCUUCCUUUUACAUCACAGAGUAAAACUGGAACGUACUAUUAAAUCAUUUGUGUAUAUAUAUAUAUACAUGCAUAUAUAUCUGUUUGUUACAUAUGUGAAACCAUAUCAUCACAUUUCAUGUAAUGUUUGUGAUUUUAAACUUUGACGAGUCGCCAAAAAUAAACAUUGACAACAACA